UGUUUUCCUUACUGGGACUGUGUUAACUUGGUUUUAAUCAGCCGUAGAUGACCACACGGAGCAGCUCUGGAGUCGCCCUGCCGAUGCACUCGCUGCGGUUCCUCGCCUCUAAUUGCUGUUGCUAAUCAGUGCCUGGGAGCUCCAGCUGAAGGCCUGCUCUUACCCUGAGUUUGAUGGGAACAUGGAGCCUUCUUCCCCACCAGACCCAGGGAUUCCUGCAGGGAGGAGCUCCUCUGUGCCACAGAGAAACUACCGCGUCCUGGUGGGUGUGACUGGGAGUGUGGCUGCCCUCAAGCUGCCCCUUCUCAUUGCUGAGUUGCUGAAGAUCACUGAGCUCGAAGUGAAGGUGGUCACCACUGAGAGAGCAAAGCAUUUCUACAACGUCCAGGAGAUUCCUGUCACCCUCUACAGCGAUGAAGAUGAAUGGAAGCUGUGGAAGGGGCGCUCGGACCCAGUGCUGCACAUUGAGCUCAGGCGCUGGGCUGACCUGAUGCUCGUGGCACCUCUGGAUGCAAACACGCUGGCAAAGCUUGCCAAUGGCAUCUGUGACAACCUGCUGACCUGUGUGAUCCGUGCCUGGGAUCUGAGCAAACCUCUGCUCUUCUGCCCAGCAAUGAACACAGCCAUGUGGGAGCAUCCCAUCACAGCACGGCACGUGGAGCAGCUGAAAGGCUUUGGCUACACGGAGAUCCCCUGUGUGGUGAAGAAACUAGUGUGUGGAGAUGAAGGUCGCGGUGCCAUGGCAGAGGUGUGGACCAUUGUGGAGAGCGUGAAGAGGAUCCUGGAGGAGCGGGGCUUGCCAGCACAGAGCUGAUGUUUGGCACAUUCAUUGUGUUUGGUGCCUCCCUAAUGAUUUGAAGAUAAAACCAAAUGCUCUGCAACCAAAGAACUGAAACAGUUGCUUCCAGCUGGUGCCAGCCUCAAAUGUGGUUCAGUGCUGCAGACUCUCAGAAACCAAAGCCAAGGACAUGCUGCUUUAGUGUGGGAAAGCCCUGUGGUAUCUCACAGAGAUGGAGCAACGUUCUGCCCGGCCACUCACCUCGUGUCUCACGUUUUUCCUUCCUGAGGAGGCUGCAGAAGGAAUUGCUGAUGUAUUUCAGUGGUUUCCCCCAAGAGCUGCUGGAGAGAAAGUGCAGUGCAAGCCCUGGCCAUGGGGAUAGUGCUGGCCCCUGCAUGGGGAUAUCACUGCUCUCCAAAGCUUGGGUUGUAGUUGUGUUGGCUUCACCUUUCCAGCAGGAGUCACUGUCCAAAAGGCAUUUCAUAGGCUCGUAGAAUCACAGAAUGGUUUGGUUUGGAAAGGACCUUAAAAUCAUCCCGCUCCAACCCCUUUUUGGGACUUAAUAAAUGAGAGCUUUUCAUUCUG